UAUCAACUGGCAGUCGUCAUCUAUCAGAAGAGGAAUUUUAAAACAUUGGGAUGACAGUAGGAGCGCCCAGCAUUCUCUAUAAGGGUAAAACUAUUCUCGCCCCUAUGGUAAGGGUGGGGACCCUUCCAAUGAGGCUCCUCGCCCUAGAAAUGGGAGCUGACCUCGUCUACUCCGAAGAACUAAUAGACUGGAAGCUGAUGAAGGCGAAGCGGCGAGAAAAUCUUGCCCUAGGAACUAUUGACUUCGUCGACCCCUCGGAUGGCAGCAUAGUCUUUCGGACAUGUAAGCACGAAGAGGGCAGAGUUAUUCUGCAGCUGGGAACUGCUGAAGCGGAACGAGCACUUGCCGUUGGCAAAUUGGUUGAAAGCGACGUUGCUGGGAUUGAUAUCAAUAUGGGAUGUCCUAAAGAGUUCUCAAUUAAAGGCGGAAUGGGUGCGGCGUUGCUUGCGAAGCCAGAGAAAGCGAGAGGGAUCCUUAAGACUUUGGUUGAGAACCUUAGAAUUCCCGUAACAUGUAAGAUAAGAUUAUUACCCGAUGUAGAAGAAACAGUGAAGCUAGUGAAAAGUUUCGAAUCAGCAGGAAUAAGUGCAAUUGCAAUCCAUGCCCGAACAAGGGAUGAAAGACCUCAUCACGAUCCGCAUCCAGAGGUAGUGAAACGCGUGGCUGCUGCCGUUAGGAUUCCCGUAAUUGCAAAUGGAGGCUCGAGAGAAAUUGAUAAAUACGCAGACAUUGCCAAAUUCAGGGACGCGUGUGGUGUUGACAGUGUCAUGAUCGCGAGGGCUGCGCAAUAUAACGUCUCCAUAUUCCGCAAAGAAGGCUUGCUUCCCUUAGAUGAUGUCAUAGUGAAAUAUUUGAAAUUGUGUAUAGAUUACGACAAUCCACCAUCGAAUACAAAGUAUUGCGUUCAAAACAUGCUUCGCGAGCAGCAAGAGUCUCCUCGGGGGAGGAGGUUUUUGAAUUGUCAGACACUGGAGUCAAUGUGCGAAAUCUGGGCACUGGGAGAAUAUUGCCACCAGAAACAACUUGAAUUUCAAGAGAAAGGAAACUUUGGACGCCGAGAUGUGGUCCCUGGGAAUUUGACAGAGGAAAAUGACGAGACCCCAACGCCAAAGAAGGCGAAAGUAGAUAGCGAGGCGAUAUUUGAAAGAAACAUUGCCUUUUUUAGGGCAAAUUACACAGAUGACAAAGAACUGCCAAAAACUAAGCUGCAUGUGUACGCGGGAAAACACGAUAAACUCUUGCCGACGUACGAAACGCAGCGAGAAGACAAAUUAUUCAGAACCAUUCUCACCUUUGAUGGAAAGAAAUAUGCUAGUUUGUACUGGGAAAAGAAUAAAAAAUUUGCGGAGCAAGGUGCCGCGCUAGUAUGUCUGCUGGGGCUUGGCGUUGUAAGUGAAGAAUCGUUGAUUCAAAAUGGUAGCAUUUUGAAAUAAAAAUUGUGCUUCUACCAUGA